AUGUCUGUGCGGCCACCUCCCAAGAAGAAGUCGGUCGUCUUCUUCCACCCUGACCUGGGCAUCGGCGGUGCCGAGCGCCUAGUCGUUGACGCUGCCAUUGGCCUUCAAAACCGCGGCCACAAGGUGACCAUCUUCACGAGUCACUGCGACCCCAAGCACUGCUUUGAAGAGGCCCGCAAUGGCACUCUUGACGUCCGCGUCCGUGGUAGCUGGCCUGUUCCGCCGCACAUCUUCGACCGCCUCACCAUCCUCUGCGCCGUCCUGCGCCAGCUCCACCUCAUCUGGCAGGUCUAUCUCACCGGUGAGCUCGGUCGCCUGCGGCCCACAAACUUCUUCGCCGACCAGCUGAGCGCUGGCUUGCCGCUCCUGCAGUGGCUCUAUCCCGACACCCCCAUCUUCUUCUACUGCCACUUCCCCGACCUGCUGCUCGCCCGCGGCCGCGACAACUUCCUCAAGCGCGCCUACCGCGUGCCCUUUGACCUCCUCGAACAGUGGUCCAUGGGCUUCGCCGCCGUCAUCGCCGUCAACUCAUCCUUCACCAAGAAGGUUGCCGCCGACACCUGGCCCAGCCUGGCCAAGCGCAAGGACUUCAAGGUCCUCUACCCUUGUAUCGAGCUUGAACCUACGCCCCCGAAGCCCGCCGACGCCUCUCCCGAGACGAAAACCUCUGAGAAGAUGACCGAGGUAGCCGCCGACGACGCCGUCUGGUCCGACGAGAAUAUCAUCCUGAGCAUCAAUCGCUUCGAGCGCAAAAAGGACGUCGCCCUCGCCAUCCGCGCCUUCGCAGGCCUUUCUCCCUCAGCCCGCAAGAACGUCCGCCUCGUCAUCGCAGGCGGCUACGACCUUCGCUCUGCGGAGAACUACGAAUACCACCGCGAGCUCGUCGCCCUCGCCAAGUCUCUCGGCCUGGAGUCGGUUACGGCCAAGAACGUCAUCUCGGCCCUUGCCGUCUCUCCCCAGAUCCCAGUGCUCUUCCUCUUAUCUGUGCCCUCGGCGUUCAAAGACUCGCUCCUUCGCUCCGCUCGUCUGCUCGUCUACACCCCUGCCAACGAGCACUUUGGCAUCGUGCCCCUCGAGGCCAUGCGCGCCUGCGUGCCCGUCCUCGCCGCGAAUACGGGCGGGCCUGUGGAGACAGUCGUCGAUGGCCAGACAGGCUGGCUCCGCGACCCCGAAGACGUCCAGGCCUGGACAACAGUGAUGCAGUCCGUCCUCGUGCCCGGCGCCGACGCCGACAUGAAGCGCAUGGGUGCCGCCGGCGCCGAGCGCGUCCGCGCCGAGUUCGGCCAGGAGAAGAUGGCAGAGAGCCUCGAGGCGCUGCUGACAGGUGUCAAGGCCGUGCUCAUGGUCGAGUACCGCGCCGCCAUUUUCAUUUUCUGCGCCUGCGCCAUCGUGCCCUUGUUCGGACGGAUGAUCCACUAUAACUUUGCAACGCCGGAACAUGGUGGGCGGCCACGGCCCUGA